AGCAGCACCAAUAAGCAAGUUAUCUACAGCCAGCCGUCCAACCGGAGUGAUGGAGAAUUCAAACAGACCUCGUCCUUCCUGGUGUGACAUUGGCCCUGGAUUGGCUCCCCCUCUCCUGCCGACGUCCUGCCCCUUGCCCUAUGAACUGCUGUAAAUGCUCUGUGUGAAUUACUGUAACUCACUGCGAUUUUAACUAUUUUUUUUUUUAAGUUUCACCUAGUGCCUUUUUAGUCAUGUUCUAGACUCUCCUUGUCCCAUAGAGUCAUGGGGCUGGAGUCUUGCCCACUGCUCUACAGGUGACUUUGCAUAAGCCAAUCUUAUUUUCCUAAGAGCAACAGAUGACAAACCCAGCUGCUGAACACUUGCUGGCAUUGCAGAUUGCUCGCCCUGCUUUGGGGAUGUCCUCUAGCACCGGGCUUCCCCAAGGAGGGUGAAAUUCAGCCCAGGCGGCAGGCCAGCGUGAGGCCUUUGCAGCACCGUAGUGCCACUUAAGCCUGUCGGAGGGUUUUAUGUUGCCAGAAGUAGAGGGCUGGGGAGACCUGGUUAUGCUAAAGCACUGAAUGUAGGGAACGCAAGUAUAUUUUUUGUGACUGUAGAAGAUUGUUGCGUGGUGUCCCCAUCCCUGCCCCCACUGUCACUGCUGUACUAGUGUGUCAGGAUGUCAUCUUUGUGGUGUCUGAACAGGUUGAAUUCUACAUCUCCCUGGAGCAAGAGGUGAUUGGUGAGAAGGGAUUGGGGCAUAGCAACGAGAUCUAAGGGGACUUGCCCAGCUCUCCCUUGGCCUGUGAUUUGGGUGUGAGGCAGCAGAGAGAAAAUCCAGUCCAGAAGAAAUUGAGAAUUUCUUCCCACUGAUUUACGGCCCUGUUUGAGCUCUUUCAGCCCUGUUUGGCAGGGCCAGAAGAGCCUUUCAGAACAGCUUGGUUCUGUCUGGCAUUUUUGGGCCAAAUGUUGAUGUAAACCAGAUUGGCUGGCACAGCAUGGAGACGGAGUUCACACCUUGCCAUGGGCCAUAUCCUAAAGGUGCAGGGGGCCAUGGUGAGACCUAGCGAUGCUCUGCAGGCUCCUGCUGUUCAGAGUUGUGGGGUGGAUUUGGCUUUCUCGAGGGAGAAGUUCUGGGCCCUUCCUCAAGGCAGGCGCUUGUAAAGGCUUGGCGUUAAGUCGCCUUGUGCUGCUUCACCCUGCAUUCCCCACAGUGACGCCGGUGCACCCAACUCUGGCUGGUGUGGCCAAGCUUCUGCUCCUGCUUGGGAAGGAAGAUGCAGUCAGCUUUCACGUUGUUAGUACUUGGGUCACGCUUUGCAUGGAAGAUGCUCUACAAGGCAAACAGCUGUUCGACUGGUGACUGGGUGAGACGACUAAAGGUGUGUAGGUGCCUUGUUAUUCCCACUUACAUUAAGAACUUGUGGUGUGAAGAGUCCUUAGUGCAAAUGAGACUCAGACCUGUAGGGCUGAAUGGGAAGAAGGUGAGUGGCUAGAUCCUUGAGCACUCAGCCUUUAAAUGCCUGUUGUAAGUGCCUCCUGAGCACUGAGCUAGGCAGACACACCUACAGAUCCUACAUCAGGGUAACAGACGUCCUGACGAUAUUGGGAUUGGCCUGGUAUUAGGGGCUUUGUCUUAUAUAUGCAACUACAUCCCCUGCUGUCCAUCCAUUUCCCACCCACCUCCGGGAAAAAAAAGUUCCAAUUUUUCCAGUAUCUGGUCACCCCAACCUCAGUAUGAAUGGCAGGAGUUUUGAACCACCACACAUCUGGAUCCAUUGAGAAAUACGUGUAGAGGACGAGCCUGUUGCAGUGACGGAGCUGCCGUCUGAAGGAGCAGGAAAGGGGCUGCUUCCAGGCUGCGGCAGAUGGUGCCUCGUCCGUGGAAUCUCUGAUGUUCUCUCACGGGGCUCCAAAGCAGACUAGAUUGGUUACCAGGAAUAAUGGCAGCUGGAAUCAGAUCCUUCACUUUGUUGGGUCACAGUGCGUAACCACCAUGGCAAGAGCUCUCCAGGAGGCCAGACUCCUCUCCCAACAGCUGGACAGAUUUAACUGUGCAGCCGCUUUUUAUUACAGUUCAGCAAGAGAAACCUUACCAGACCUUAACUUGAAAGCCUGAGACACUGUUAAUAGUCACUUUUUAAACCACUUUAAAAUACUUGUGUAAUUUUAUCUAUUUGUAACUGGAAAUAAACCCUUUGAUUUGAGUUCAGUCUCCUGGAACAUUUGGAAGGAGGAAGGUGGGGCUGGCUGUCUAGGAGGUGGAGUGGACUGCAGCUUUCCUGCUGGUGCCUGAAUCAGAGCAAGUUGGCUCCACUUCAAUCCAAAUGAGGCCACAGUGAAGCUGGGAGAUCCCUGUGCAGGAGCUGAGAGGGCAGGGGCUACAGCAGCUUGUCAGAGCCAACAUGGCCUCACAGAGCAGUGAGGGCAUCAUCAAGCUGUCGAGGGAGGAGCUGGAGGCCCUGAAAGCUGCCUUUGAUGAAGGGAACCUCGCUGGAGUGGCCUCCAGGCUGCAGGAGAUGCUGGAGUCGCUGGAGACUGUCCAGCUGGAUGUGGGAAUCACGGGCGAGACCGGCUCUGGGAAGUCGUCCUUUGUCAACGCCCUCUGGGGCCUGGGCGAUGAAGAUGCAGGUGCCGCCCGCACUGGUGUGGUGGAGACCACCAGGGAGCCGACUCCAUAUCAGCAUCCCCGGUACCCCAAAGUGACCAUCUGGGACCUGCCAGGGAUUGGCACACCCGAUUUCCACCCUGACACCUACCUGGAGCAGGUCAGCUUCUCGCGCUAUGACAUCUUCUUCAUCAUUGCCUCACAGCGCUUCACCGCCAACCACGCCGCUCUGGCCCGCCACAUCCAGGCCAUGGACAAGAGUUUCUACUUCGUCCGCUCCAAGGUGGAUGUAGACCUGGACUGCUCCCUCAGGCGCCGGCCAUCCAACUACAGCGAAGUGGGGGUGCUGCAGGAGAUCCGACAGAAUUGCCUGGAGGGUCUGCGGGCCCAAGGCAUCCACUCGCCCCAGGUCUUCCUCCUCUCGGCCUUUGAUCUCAGCAAGUACGACUUCCACCUCCUGGGGGAGACGCUGGAGAGGGAGCUAAGCCAUCACAAGCGGCACGCCUUCCUGAUGGCCCUGCCCAACAUCUCCCUGCACAUCCUGGAGAAGAAGAAGGCAGCAAUGUUGGAGCACAUGUGGCUGGUCUCCACCGUGGCCUGUGGUGUCCACGCCGCGCCCAUCCCAGGGCUCCUGAUCUCCUGCGAUGUGGACAUCCUGACCAGGACCCUGCAAGGUUACUGCAAGGGCUUUGGCCUGGAUGAUGACUCUCUGGAGAAGCUGGCGGCACAAAUGGGGCAGCCAGUGGAGCAGAUGAAGGCCGUGAUCAAGUCACCGUUGGCCAAGGAGAUCUCCAACAUCCUGGUGGUGCAGCUGUUGAUACAGGCAGGCAGCGAGGCACCUAAGCUAGCCAAUGAGGUGCUGAGCUCUGUCCCACUCCUGGGCUCACUUGCAUCUGGAGCACUGUCUUUUGCCACCACGUACAAGAUGCUGAGGAGUUUUGUGAAUGCGGUGGCUGCUGAUGCCCAGAAGGUGCUUAUUAAAGCCUUCAACCUGGAUGCUAAGAAAUGAGCCAGAAAGGAGGAGAGAGAAAGAUUGAAACAUCUUCUGUGAGGCAAGGGACCAAAACCCAGUGCCAGGUGCAGACAGGAUUCCAGCAUCCCGUGGAAAUCCCUCAAGCUUCCUACCUGAUCUCAGAAUUUCAUUCCAGAGCUGGAUAUAAAAUCCAUGAUUGAAUUUCUAAAGUUUCUGCUGUAUUUGUUACUUUGCGAUUUAAAUGUCAAAUA